AUGGAUCGACUUAUCCGCGAACGUAAAUCGCUAGAACCCCGCCUGAAGCGCAUUUCGGAAACAGUGGAAAAAAUCCGACCAGAAGCGGUCGACGAAAUUGACUUGCAAACUGAGUUAGAUGCUCUGAGUGAAGUGUGGAUGGCCUUUUGCGGCGUACAUAAGAAAAUUUUGGACCUGUGCGAAGAAGAAAGUGCAUACGACGAAGCCAUGAGCCGUCAAGGCAAGUUCGAGAGUUGCUAUAUCGGUCUGAAAACCCGAUUAUUAAAACUGUUGAAAAUCGUUAAAAAUCGCGACCAGCCUGCUCCCUCUGUGCCCUCCCAGCAAGAUGUCAUCCAGCAAUUAGCAGAUCAGCAAGCCGAAUUUCUACGCAUCAUGUCUGCUAACAUGGUUUUACCAGCAACGCAUGCUGCCGUCGUGCCUCAAGAUACAUCUCUACUCCCGGACUUGAAAUUGCCCCAGGUGAAUAUUCCUACAUUUAGUGGAGACUAUCUCGAGUGGCAGUCGUUUAAAGAUCUGUUCGAUAGCUUGGUCGAGCAAAAUCCAACGCUAAAAGAUAGCCAAAAAUUAUACUUUUUAAAAACCAACCUCGCUGGUGAGGCGGCUUCUUUAAUUUCACACCUUAAAAUCGAAGACGCGAAUUAUAAACCUGCUUUAGAAAAGUUGGCAUCCCGGUAUGAUAAACCCCGUGAAAUAGCGAGCAAGCAUAUACAACGAUUUCUAUCGCAACCACCGCUUUCGUUUGCCUCUGCCAGUGGCUUGCGAGCACUGCAUGACGUGUCAGAUGAAGUUCUCCGAGCGCUCAAAGCCAUGGCUAGAGAGGACCGUGAUACAUGGUUGCUUUUUAUACUGAGCGAAAAGGUGGAUCCAGAUACCAAGCAACUAUGGUGUCAAAAAAUUGCCGAAAUGAAGGAAGAAGAGAUUACCCUGACGCGUUUUCUGAAAUUUGUGGAAGCUAGAAGUUUCGCUUUGCAAUCGUCGCAUCCUAUAAAACCUAACCCAUUCGUACCUGUAAAACAACCCGCAAAAUUUCCCACUAGAGGAGCAACUACAUUCGUCACCACAAACCCCACAUUUUGUGAUGUCUGCUCAGCACAGUAUCAUCAACUAUUUCAGUGCGCCAAAUUUAUUCACAUGAGUUAUCACGAACGAUUAUCUCACGUAAAUCGACUGAAAUUAUGCCGAAACUGUCUUAAAGCACAUCCCGGUAUCAGCUGCAGAGCUGGUACAUGUAGAAAAUGUAACUUCCCACAUCACACUUUGCUGCAUCCACCAGUCACUAGUCAACAAACACCAAACACAGCUGGAUCUCAAUCCAAUCAGCUACAAUCCGCGCAAUCUUUUAUGUCGGCACUAGAUUCUUCCGGCGGCCACAGUUCCGCAAACGUCCUCCUCGCUACCGUUGCUAUAAACGUCCUAGAUAAAAAAGGGCAUCCUCAUGCCUGUCGCGCAAUUUUGGAUAGCGCAUCACAGGUCAACUUUAUAAGUGAUAGCCUCCGUAAGCAGCUUGGUCUCAACACCUCGCAUGCUAAUGUGGAUCUGGAAGGCAUCUCGUCAGCUACCGCUCACGCAGAUCGAGUUGCAGACAUCGUUAUGACAUCUCGCUGCACGAAUUAUCGAACCUCCGCGCCCUGCCUGGUAUUGGAGAGAAUUACAAAAUUUCUUCCCUGCAAACCAGCGAACACUCAAGAUUGGCCUAUCCCCCUCUCAAUACCCCUAGCAGAUCCACUCUUCCAUUGCCCGGGUAAAAUAGAUGUACUUCUCGGCACUGAAAUAUUCUUCCAGUUGCUUGAGCCCGGCAAAAUUAUUCUCAGUCCAGACAACAGUUUACCCACACUACAGAACACCAAGCUCGGCUGGGUGAUAGCCGGCCGCUAUCACGAACCUAAGCCAUCUGUUGACUCUCACUCUCCAACCUGUUUGCUUAUCUCCGCCAAGGAUAAUCUUUCUCCGCAAAAGCUAACGUUCUGCGAGAUAGGGGACAAACGAUCAAACGAUCAUCAUCUCACUGAUGAGAAACAACGUUGCAAGAAACAUUUUGCGGAGAAUACCAUCCGAGAUGAAUGCGGUAAAUUUUUAGUACGGCUCCCGUUUUUAUCAGUCUCAAGUGAACUAGAAGAACCGAGGCAAAUUGCAAAGAAAAAACUUUACCACAUCGAAAGAAAGUUGGACCGAAAUCCAUCUCUUAAAGCUGAGCACGAUGAACUCAUGAGUGAUUAUAUUGAUCUCGGCCAUACUUUGCUAGUGAAAAAGAACAACUGUGUGAAUAAACCAACAAGCUCAGCCACAAAAUGCCGAGUGUUUUUUGAUGCUCAUGCAAAAGUUUUGAAUGGACUCUCUUUAAAUGACGCUUUCAUGUGUGGCCCUGUAGUACAAGACUCAUUGAUAAACGUUUUACUCCGUUUUCGUUUGUCACCUAUCGUACUUGCUGGAGAUGCGAAACAGAUGUACUGUAAGGUUUGGCUGCAUGAAAAUGAUCGUGGCUUUCUCAUAAUUCGUAACACAGUAACGUUUGACACUAAAAGCGCUUCUUAUCUGGCCACAAAAUGCGUUCAGCAGCUUGGCCAGCUGCAGUCAUGCCAAGGACUUAAACGUGGUCGUCCUCUGCACCAGCUCAAUCCGUUUCAAGAUGAAAACGGCCUCGUCAGGGUGGGCGGACGGUCGCAGCAAUCGGAACUAAGCUUCGACAGCAUGCAUCCUAUUUUGUUCCCACGAAACUCAAUACUAAUCGCUUACAUACUUCUUCACUCUCAUCAAGAAAAUUUGCACUGUGGUCCGCAGUUACGGUUAGCGUCCGUUCGAAGACAUUUUUGGAUACUUCGUGGUAUCAGCGCUACUCGCAAGGUGUGUCAAAAUUUUGUGGUCUGCGAUCGCACUUGGUCAGCUCGUAUCGUGCCGCAAAUGAGACAACUACCAGCGAAUUGUCUUCAACCACUUUUACCCUUCUCCAUUACUGGCGUGGACUAUGCUGGUCCGGUGAAUAUUUUUGGCCGCAGAACUGUACCAUCGAACAAGUACAUCGCUCUGUUUAUCUGCUUCGGAACGCGAGCGGCGCAUUAA